AUGUACCGCGAGAGCUUGCUCGGCGUUGCUCUUGCGGCGACGCUGGCGGAGUUGGAAUCCGUCUGCUGCCUCAGCGAGGGGCAAAAAGAGGAGUUGUGGGACAUCUUUGACGUCGCCAUGGACCGAACACUGGCGGAGUCGCCCGUCACGUCGCAGCUGCGUGUCUUCGCACCGGCUCCAUCGGUUCACAAGAAGAAGAAGACUAGCGUGGAUGGUGGUGGUGAUGGGGCUGCGGCGGAGCUGUCCACUAGACCGACAAAGAUGAUGUUCCCUUGUGUUUCAUUGCCGCCAUCCUCACCAGCGACGUCGCUCUCGUGCUGCGAUGUACUAGACGACGGUGUGGCGUACCCCGUCUACCGUGUGAAGGACGACAUUUGGACCAUUAUCCUGAAGGCGCCCACGCUGGAGGUAAAGGACGGUGCCGGAAACUGUGAGACAAUUUACCUCGACUACCUCAAGGUGCACCUCAAGGACGUGCAAGGGAAAGCGGGCCCCAAGAACACGGUGGCCGGAAAGAAGCGAAAGCGUUAA